CUGAGUAACUCCAUGUGAACUUGAUAAGGCACGAGGAGAAACUGGGUCUGUCGACGUCAGCUUCAUCUGAUUCAGAGCAACAUGGCGGAGGUGAGCGGGCUGAGGAAUCGUAAUCAUUUUGAAACAAACUGCAAAAACCGCGUAUUUGACAAAGGUGUGAGUGGGGUCGAGGAUGUCCCAAUGAUGCCCCCAGACAGUAAGCCUCCCCUGGCCGUGCCUGAGGAUGCCAGGGAGGAGGAGACCGAUGAACCCCAGGAUCUGUACUCGGAGCCAGGCUUAGACACUGACCCGCCUUCCCCAGAGGAACCAGAGCCAGAAUCUGUGGUCGAGGAGGAGGAGAAAGCCCGGCCCAUCCAGAUAGUUCUGGCCCACGAGGACGACCACAACUUUGAGCUGGAUGUUGUAGCGCUGGAGAAGCUGCUUCUGCAGGAUGAGAUCAGGGAUCUGAACGUGGUGGUGGUGUCUGUAGCCGGAGCCUUCCGGAAGGGCAAGUCCUUCCUGCUGGACUUCAUGCUGCGCUACAUGCACAACCAGCAGCACUUGGACCAGUGGAUGGGGGGGGAUGACGAGCCCCUGACAGGCUUCAGCUGGAGGGGGGGAUGUGAGAGGGAGACCACCGGCAUCCAGGUCUGGAGCGAGGUGUUUGUGGUGCCCAAGCCAGACGGCAGCAAGGUUGCAGUUCUGCUAGCCGACACCCAGGGGGCGUUUGACAGCCAGUCAACCAUCAAGGACUGUGCUACUGUGUUUGCUCUCAGCACCAUGACCAGCUCAGUACAGGUAUAUAACCUGUCUCAUAACAUACAAGAGGAUGACCUGCAGCACCUCCAGCUCUUCACAGAAUAUGGACGUCUGGCUAUGGAGGAGAUCUACCUGAAACCCUUCCAGUCUCUGAUGUUCCUGAUCCGGGACUGGUGCUACCCCUAUGAACACAACUAUGGCCUGAAGGGGGGCAACCACUUCCUGGAUAGGAGACUGCAGGUGAAGCAGAACCAGCACGAGGAGCUGCAGAACGUCAGGAAGCACAUCCACUCCUGCUUCACCACCAUCGGCUGCUUCCUGCUCCCUCACCCAGGCCUCAGGGUGGCCACCAACCCUAACUUCGACGGCAGGCUCAAAGAUAUUGACCCGGACUUCAAGCAGGAGCUGGCCGACCUGGUGCCCCUGCUGCUGGCCCCUGAGAGGCUGGUCGAGAAGGAGAUCGGCGGGGUUAAGGUCACCUGCAGAGACCUGGUGGAGUACUUCAAGGCCUACAUCAAGAUCUACCAGGGGGAGGAGCUUCCUCACCCCAAGUCCAUGCUGCAGGCAACAGCAGAAGCCAACAACCUGACGGCAGUGGCCGGAGCCAAAGACACUUACAACAGGAACAUGGAACUGGUCUGCGGAGGGGACAAGCCCUACAUCGCCCCUGCCGACCUGGAGCGCUGCCACGACGACUUCAAGGAAUGCUCCGUGAGCCAGUUCCGGGCCGUCAAGAAGAUGGGCGGCGAGGACUUCUGCCUGCGCUACCAGCAGCAGCUGGAGGGCGAGCUGGACGAGGCCUACGCCAACUUCACCAAGCACAACGACGGCAAGAACAUCUUCUACGCCGCGCGCACGCCCGCCACGCUCUUCGCCGUCAUGUUGGUCACCUACGUGGUGUCCGGGGUGACGGGCUUCGUGGGGCUGAGCACCCUGGCGGCGCUGGCUAACCUGGUGAUGGGGAUGGCUCUCAUGGCGCUGUCGACCUGGGCCUACGUCAAGUAUUCCGGAGAGUUCCGGGAGCUGGGGACCCUCAUAGACCUGGUGGCUGAGACCCUCUGGGAACAGGUGUUUUGGGAGCUUUUUGAGUCUGCAAAGCGUCGAGUCGCUUGGAGCUCUUUCCUCCCAGCAGCCCCAGAAGCAGGACCAGCCCAGAGAUUCAGACUGUCCUCCUUAGCUUCCUCCAGCCAGCACGACAAGACUAACUAGCAUCUCUCUGGCUACGCUAGACUAAAUUAAGCUAAGAUAUGCUAGCUGCUAUGCUGCCUUUAGCCUUCCGCUCUGGUCCUUCUGUCUCGAUGCAGGGGCCGGGGUGGCUGGAUUUACCCGCUCCACCCUGCCCAUGUCUGGGGACUCAGGUUGGAACCCCUCAAUCCUCUCUCCCUGAAUGUUAGCACAGCACGCCCGCUCGCAAAAGAGAGGGACUCUUUUUUGGGGGGGAUGAUUGACGUUAUGUAUUUCAGUUGCCAUUAUCUUCUUUUUUUGUGUGUGGAGGUGAUCUUAAGUGUUUGUGGUCUGCAUGUUGGAUGGUUUCUCUACUUUUGCUUCUUCUCACCCAUUUCUUUUUUACUCUUUAGUUUGUCCACGUCGUCACAUAACCACCACGGUGAUUUGAACAAGUCUUUUAAUCACACCCCUCCUCUCUCUCUUCCCCCCCCCCCCCCCCCCCCCCACGUGUCUGGUGUUCCUGUUCUCUAUCACUCUACAAAUGAUCCUUAUCUUUCCCCUCUUUCCUGUCCUCUCGCCUGUGUGCUCCCCUCUCUCCUCCCUCCCGUGUCUCCAGGUGUUGAAGCCCCUGAGUGAACACUAUAUGGAGGACGGCGUGAGGCAGACUGUGGUGAACUCUCUCAAAGCCAGCCUGACAGAGCAGGCUCCGCAGCGCGCCAAGUUAAAGGCCCGCUGAUUCUCUCCCCCAUCCCCCCUCACUCACUCACUCGCCCGAUCACUCAGUGUGCUAAGUCCAAGAGCUGUGGAACUGUUCAAAACCAAAGUUGAGUCCCCCCCCCAAAUCCCUUCGGCCCUCUCUGUCUGCUGUAGUACUGCUAAGACUGCUGGCUGCUCUGCUCCACAUCGCCCCCCAGUGGCCGAAAAGGAUGUUCAACAAGCAAUGAAAGGGGAAGUCAUUAUCUGCAUCUCUGGUCUGCUCUCUCACUCUCUCUUUCUCUGUCUCUGUAUUUGGCCUUUACCAAAAUCUGCCCUACUGAUACUCUUGAAUGUGCCAUGUUGUUUAUGCACCUGCAAAUGCUAGCCAUCGCGUACGUGCCCACACACGCACAAACUUCUGUCAGGAUCGCAAGUGAUAUGAAAUGGAACGUCAGGGAUACAGGACAAAUCAGCGUCUGUCACAUCCAGUCAAGAGCAAAUUGCACUUGUUUGCGUGUCAGCAGUACUUCAGGGAUAAAAACGGCUGUUUUAUAGUUGUGACAAUGGAUGCAAAACGAAUCUGUCUGCAUGUGUACUGUACCCAAGUUAACCUGGCCUGAAACAGCUCCCUUGCCACCCUACCUAGAAUAGAUCUGAGAAGAUGGAUAGGUCUAAGCAAGAUGGUUUACCUUCGGAUAGACUGGGAGGAAUGGCCUGUACCAUAUCAUGCCCUCUGCUGUAUCAUAUUGAGUCUCUUGUCUCGAGGAACUAGGGACUGUUUCUGAACGGGCCAUCUGAGUCGAUGCUCUCGCUCUCUCAUUCUGUCUAUUUAAAAGAGAUGAACUGUAGAAAACAAACUUUUGGUCUGUAAUUGUUUAGGAUUCUGUUUUUUUUUUUGACAACUGACCCUGCAUCUUAGCUGUAGUGUACCUACCAGUAUUCCCCCUCUGCUCCCUGUUGAGAGCUGAAGUACGUAGCGUAGAACGAGCCAGGCCCCAUGGCUAUGCUUCUGGAGCAGGGGAAUGGUAUUCUGACCAUUUCACUCAUUUGCUUUUUCUUUAAAACCCACAAAUUUUAAGUGGUAGAGAACAGAUAUUACAAUGCUUCUUUUUUGAAUCUUCACUAAUGGUAAUAUCAUGUAAGAGUACACUGUAGAAUCAGUUCCAUCCACAACUGUCUUGCCUUGAAAGAGCCAGUCUGUACAGUCUCAUUUUAUAUGUAUAUCACAAAUAGGGCAUGUAUGUGACAUAUUUAAUACAAUUUGUAUACAUUCUAUAGUGAAAUUGUUGACUUGACUUGAUUUUUUUUUUUUUUUUUUUUUUGACCAGCUAGAACCAGGGUUUGGUUUGUUAUAGGAUUGUUCCCAAAUAAGGAUUAGUUCUAGUCAGUUAUGGUUAAAACAAUUCAAGAUUUGUAGCCCUUGUAUUCCACCUUUUGGACAACAAAGCUUUUCUGGAAUGUGAUCUCUGGGUUGAGAUGUUUUGUCUGUCUGAUUUUAAAUCCAUUUCCUGUAAUUUAUUUUUCAAUAAAGAACUUUUGAGCUUAUUGAAUAAAAAUGAAAAUAUU